GGCAUCUCUAAACACAUCGUUCCUCCUUCACUUCUCACAGAGAUGAGAGGAGCAGCUAUGAGUCUAACUGCAGCAGCGAGUGGAUUAGUUGUCUUCCUGCUCUCUGUGUCAGCGGUUCAGGGUCUUGAUGACUGGGGAGUGACUUACUCUUCUGCUAAGAUCUGUGCAGUGAAAGGAUCAACAGUGGAGAUAAGAUGCACCUACAAAUACCCAUCCACAUGGAGAGGUCGUGUAAACACAGUUAUGAAAACAUUCUGGUCCACUAAACAGAAAGAUGGUGAACUUGUAGAUCUGUUCACAGCCUCAGAGUAUUCAGGUCGUGUAGAGGAUCUCUGUGAAAACAACGUCUGCACUCUGAGAAUCAAAAACCUGACAGAGAGCGACUCAGCUGAGUACUGGUUCAGAUUUGAAACAAACCAACCAGAUGGAAAAUAUGAUGGUUCAACUGGCGUCACUUUGUCCGUCACAAAUCUCCAGGUCACAUCAGAAUCAUACAGGCUGCAUUGUCAGAACAGUUGUCCUCCAUCUUAUAAUCCUCCCUACAUCUGGUACAAGAACGGACAAAGAAUUCAGAGAGAAACAUCUUAUUAUACAAAUAUAACGAACAUUGCAGACAGUUAUUCCUGUGCUUUAAAGGGACAUGAGGACUUUCCCUCUCCUCCAGUGUGUGUCAGAGGUCAAACCUGUAACAGAGUGACUUACACUGAGAGAAGCAUCUGCGCCCCCAAAGGAUCAUCAGUGGACAUGUCCUGCACGUACAGCAGCUUUGAAGACGAUGUUAAAUCUAAAUUCUGGUUCAGUCCUGAGCGUAGUCAUCAGGGACAGAAUCCCUCUCCACCUGAGGACCUUAGUGAAGACCCCCAGUAUGCAGGUCGUGUUCAGAUCUUUGAAACAGAGAGAGGACGCUCCACUCUGAGGAUCUCUGACCUGAGAGACUCAGAUCCAGCUCAGUAUCUCUUCAAAUUCAAAACACCAAGCUUUGAAUGGAAGAGUGAUUUACCUGGUACAACUCUGACUGUCACAGGUCCAGCUCUCCAGGUGCAGGUGAUCAGAGCAAAGGUCUACAACUAUUCUACUGAGGCAGAGCUGAAGUGUCACAGCAGCUGCCGUCCAGCUGGUUCUCUGAACUACGUCUGGUUCAAGAACGGAGAGAAAAUCACGAGGGCGAUGAAAUCUUCUUAUGAAGGCUUGUUUCAUCACAGAGACAACAUCUAUUGUGCUUUUGAAGGACAUGAAGACUUCCCCUCUCCUCCAGUGUAUGCUCCAAAGCUCCCCUCUGUGUCAGUGAGUCCCUCUGCUGAGAUAGAGGAGGGCAGUUCAGUGACUCUGACCUGUAGCAGUGAUGCUAACCCAGCAGCUAACUACACCUGGUACAAGGAGGAUGAAGACUCUCCAAAAGCUUCAGGACAGAUCUUCACCAUCACUGACUUCAGAGCUGAACACAGUGGGAGUUAUUCCUGUGGAGCCCAGAACAAGUUAGGACGUAGUAACUCCACCUUAACUCUGAGUGUUGGAACAGGGAGUUCAACAAUGAUAGUGAAUAUCAUCAGGACGAGGGUCUUGAUCCUGAUUCCUGUGUUUCUCCUGAGUCUCUGGACGAGGAAGAAGAAAGCUCUGCGCUCCACCACUGAAGCACCUGAAGAGAUAGAGUUGGACUCUAUUCCUGAUUAUGAGAACGACUCACACACUGCAGCACAGACAGAGGACACAGAGGAGCAGGGAGACCUGGUGUGAAGUCCAGUCAGAUGCUCACCUGAUGGAAACAAAGAAGAAGGACGUUGAAAUGUCCCUGUGGAGAGCGAGGCUGUGCAGGAUGUGUGCAAAGUGGAUAUUCACCUUCGACUCUUAAAGUUUUUAUUGUCAGUGUUCAGCAGCAGCAGCUUGUAGCUUUAGAAGAACGAGCUGCUGGCAGCUUGAAGUGAACCAUGUCGAGGUGUCAAACAUGAUUCAUCGUUAACACCAGCCGAUGGUCAGGUGCUAUAUUACUGCUUCAACUAUGUGUACAUGCUUAUUUGUUAUAUGCAGAGUUGUUGAUAUU